CUCAGACCUUCAGCCGCAAAAUCCAGCUGCAUCCAUGACAUGGGUUGAGCCAGCAACCCAGCAUUUCUCUUUCUCACAAUUACUUCGUCCUUUGCGCAUUUGGAAAGUUUCCACUCUCUCAUAUUAUAUCAAGCCUAUAGUUCAAAAUCAACCAUAUCAUGAACGGAGAAGGACCGCAAGUUUCCGACGGCCCCAAUGACUGGGACGAGGCUCGUCUUGAAGCCGCCCUAGAACGCCUCCAGGAAAUGCACAUACAGCUUCGUGGCCUUCGCGGCGUCCUCAACGACGUCAUAUCACCAUUGAGCAUGUCCUAUGCGACCCCGGAGGACCUGUAUAAGCGCUACGUAAACACUACGAAAGAUGCGUCAAAGCGUUUAGAAUCGUUCAAGCUCUAUAUGAACAGUGGGGACUCCAAAGAGGUAUUGGAACGCGCAAAGUCUAGUCGCGCGGCGGCUCAGCCUGAACAACCUUGGACAUCAACGGACCACCCGGAUUGGUUCGACCGAGAGGAUAAGACCCAAGCAGAUACGGUGACGGCGCCACCGACGGUCGCAGAAACUGAAAAUGUGAAUGAUACGGAGGAUGAUAUGGUCGUAGAGGCAUCUCCGAAACAGAUCAUUGAGGAAUUUAAGGGAGCGCAUGGCGAAAUCAUAACGUCCUUGGAAGAUGAGACUGGAAUUAUCAAUGUUACCCUUCCAUCACCUGCAAACCUCCAUUUCCAACUGGACCCAAACUCAGACGGGCAGGAAUCAAAAGAAUAUCAGGUUGCUUGCAAAGGAACCUCCCGACUCAACAUGCCGAUCUUUCGCAGUAUCCAGACCCACAAACAGAGUAAUAAUCUCAAGUACAUGCUGGACAUGCUCGCUUCAUAUCUCGAUGUGAAGAGUAGAGUCUGCGCCAGAUGCGGGAGACUCUUGGACACCAAAGCUCAAUUUCCGGUAGUUCGAUCGCUGCGGAAAACCAAGCAAGCUGAUGAGACUGUACUCAAAACUUGGGAAGCUCUUCACGAGGGGUGCAUCUGAAGGGGAUACUGUUGGCAUGGAAUUGCACUCGAGAAGAAUGGCCCGGGAGUGCUCCUCAAAAAUUGAAGCGAAGGUCCAGGACGAUUGGUUCAGCUUGAAGGGCGUGGUUUUGAGCUCGAUCAUGAGAUAGAAGUGGCCGACCUCAGUAUCAACAGCUCCAGAAUUACGAUUCCAGAGCUGCGUUCCUGGAGACUUACUUCCAGCUUCGAGGACGUCCGCACCGUCGAAAAUGGCAGACCGGUUGCUGCGCGUUCUCAAAUGUUGCAUUUCAAGCAAAUACUCACAAAUCUGUCAUCCCAGACCGCACGCUUCUUAUUCCCGCCAUAGGAAUAUCAAGCUCAACAUUUGGUCCCAGCCAUUGCACUUGUU